AAAUGGCGUCGAAAAGAUCUCUGUACAGACCUGCACCACAGCAAAAUGUUGUACCGAGGAGAAACAGAAAACCUCUUGCACAAGGCCGUCUGGUUUCUGCUGGGGGUGAAGGUCAAAAGAAGAAAGUAUUGGCCAGUGGAAUUGAAGAAAAUGCACCAACAAGCAGCAAUUGUUCUGAGAGAGCACAACAGUCAACAAGGAAACAGAUCCUUGAUACUUCAGUGACACGAGUUGGGCAGGAGCCUGAGAGUGUGACAGUUACACCUCGCAGAAUGGCCCCUAGUGCCACUGAACACCGAUCUCCAGCACCUUCCAAUCCUGCCAUGAAUCUCGACCUCUCUGAUAGUGACCUUGACCUUUCCUUGCAAUACAAGUCUCCGACCACAAGGAUACACAAACAGAAACCACAAGAGGUCUUGCUGAUUGAUGCUUCACGCCAGACUAAGGAUCCUAAUGAAUCUGAGGUGGACAUUCAAAUUGGGUUUGAAAGGUCGCCUGUCAGAAUUAUCUGUCACUCACCCUCAGCCAUUGAAUCUAGUUUCAGGGCCUCAGCAGAAAAGGCCAGGGAAACCCAUGACAAAAAUGUGUCCAUACGUAGUGCUAUUUCUCUAUCGGAGCCUGAGCGAAACCAGAGUCGUAAAACCCCUAUUGUGAUACGAGAGAAAGCAAACUCAGGACCUGGACAGCACCACCAAGCAUCGAUUGACAGUUUACCAUUACUGACGCAGAUAGAGAAGGAUCUUCAGUACAGACAGACAUUCCCCCAGCCCAAUUUCGAUGACUCUUCUGUCUCUUCCAUUGCUGGCAAUCCAGUCCGAGAUGUUUUGGGUGAAAAUGAUCGAGAUGAUGCCCAGUCCUUUGUCAGUGAUGUUAGUGAUGUAUGCUCAUUGGAUGAGUAUGUCAUUAAGGGGAAAAAGACGACUAAAACAACUACCACAAAGAAAGGACCUACAAAAGGACCAUCAUCUGUGAAGAAAAGAGAGAGAAUUAUACCUUCUAGGUACAAACAGGCAGCAGCAUCUCAUUCUUUGUUUGCUGAAAAG